AUGCACGGAGUUAAAAGAGAACAGUUAUCCAAAGACGCCAAACAGCGGAAGAAGGAAAGAGAUGCCUUCAAAAUUUCACACUACAGGCAAUUGACAGACAGUGUCCUUGCAGAUAAACAAAAAAACAUCUUCAAUAACGAUACUUUGGACGAAACAAGCCGACUUUUAGAUCUGAACCCAGAGUUUUACACUGUCUGGAACUAUAGAAGGGAUAUCAUCACAAAUCAUGUUUUCAGUAAUCUCAAAGACUCUCAAGCUGCUCAUACGUUCAUAUUGAAAGAGCUACAGUUUGUUGGAAAGCAACUCAAGUCCUACCCGAAAGUUUAUUGGAUUUGGAAUCAUAGAAAAUGGCUGAUAGAACAGGAUGACUUGUUUGAUCUAAAGCAGGAAAUGGCACUGAUUGACAAAAUGCUAACCAUGGAUUCAAGAAACUAUCAUGUGUGGGCUUAUAGAAGGUACGUUGUUGGUCUCGUACAAGACAAGAUGGAGCAUGAAGAGGACAUAAUUUUAUCCAACAGAGAGGAGUUCAACUAUACCACUAAACUAAUAGAAGAAAACAUCUCCAAUUAUUCUGCUUGGCAUAAUAGAAGUCAAUUGCUUCAAAAGCUCCUGAACUCCAAAACUGAAGGAUUUGAAGACAAGUAUUCAUUCCUGGUCAAAGAAUUAUCAUUUUUGCAAAAUGCAUACUACACGGACCCGGACGAUUCUGCAGUCUGGGUUUAUCUAAGAUGGCUAUUAUCACCGUUUUUCCUUAAAGAUUUGCCCCAAGAUAAAAGAAACUCGAUUCUUAAUGAUCAGUUGAGAGAUAUCAAAGAAUUGAACGAGUCUGAAAUUGAAGAUUCGGGAAAACCAAAUGCAUGGUGUUUAAAGUCCAUCAGCUACGUUCAAAAAAUGAUGAAUCAGCAUGUUUAA